UUUCAAUAUUGUUGCAUCCCUUUAUUUAUCGAACUUACACUAAAUUCCUUUUCCUAAUAUUUAGUCAUGACUACUUCCAUUACUCUGCCGUCUGCUUGCGAUUUCCAUCUUCACGUUCGCCAAGGUGAAAUGAUGCAAAUGGUCACCCCCAAGGUGGUCGAAGGCGGUGUUUCGGUUGCUUAUAUUAUGCCCAACACUGUGCCACCUAUCAAGACGACUGAGCAGGCCUUGGAAUACAAGAGCGAACUUGAAGCACUUGCACCUCAAGUCACCUUCUACAUGACCUUGUACCUGUCACCCGAACUGACCGUUGAAGAAAUCCGCAAGGCUAGCGCUGCCGGCGUUGCUGGUGUCAAAUCGUACCCACGCGGUGUCACCACCAACAGCGAUUCAGGUAUUGAAUCGUACGAAAUUUACUACCCCAUUUUCCAGGCCAUGGAAGAAGAAGGCAUGGUUUUGAACUUGCACGGUGAAAUCCCCAGCGAUCCCACCAACGACAUUUGCGUCAUGAACGCCGAGGAGCGUUUCUUGCCCCAGCUCGAAAAGAUCCACCAUGCUUUCCCUAAGCUUAAGAUUGUCUUGGAACACGCCACAUCCAAGGCUGCUGUGGAAACCGUCAAGCGUUGUGGCGACACGGUCGGAUGCAGUAUCACCGUGCACCACUUGCAAUUGAUUGUCGACGACUGGGCUGGCCAACCUCACCAUUUCUGCAAGCCUGUCGCCAAGUACCCUCAUGAUCGUGAUGCUUUGCGCGACGUUGUCGCCUCGGGCCACCCUCGCUUCUUUUUGGGUACUGAUUCGGCUCCCCAUCCAUGCCACACCAAGGAAACCUCCAAGGCCAAUGCUGGCGUAUUCACCACCCCCAUGGUGUUGCCUUACCUUGCCAAGAUCUUUGAAGAGAUCGGCUGUCUCGACAAGCUCGAGAACUUUGCCUGCCACUUUGGCCGCAAGUUUUAUGGAUUGGGUCAACGCGAAGGAUUUGUUGAUCGCGGCGUGACCUUGGUGAAGGAGGACAAUGUUAUUGUGCCCGAGAAAUACCCCGUGUCGGCUACUAACGCGAAUGCUGGCGUUGUUGUUCCUUUCUUGACUGGAAAGGAUAUUGGCUGGAAAAUUACAAGCAACUUCUUCUAAUUUAAUUAAAGUAACUAAAAUAAUAGAAAAGUAUAUUUCUG